AUACGUCACAACUACUGGAGGAGAGAAAGAGAGAGGGACGGAGGAGAGGAGAGGAGGAGAGCAGAGACACAGGGAGAGAAUGUGAGAGAGAGAGAGAGAGAGAGAGGGCGAGAGAGAAGGGGAUAUAUUGACUCAAAGCUGCUCUGCAUGCUCCUCAGUGUAUGAGAGACAGAGGACGUGAGAGCAGGCAAGAUGGAGUGCCGGCACAGAUGAAGACUGUCCCUGGUCUCGUUCGACAGUGCACAUGAGCGUCUCCAAGCCCCCACCGCCCCCCUCCACCUCCCACCUGGCUAUCCCCCCUUCCUCCACCUCCGCCCCUUCCUCGUCGGCGACGUCCCCCUCGGCGACGUCCCCCUCGGCGACGCCCCACCCCACCGGUCCGCCCCCUCCCUCGCCGGUCAAGAUCUCUAUGCAGGAGCACUUUGCCAUCAACGUGUGCCCGGGCCCAAUCCUCCCCAUCCCACAGAUCUCAGACUUCUUCCCCCGUUUCCACGACUACCCCUGCACGCCACCGCCUCCGAGGGAGAAGAAGAUCCUAAAGGAGGAGACUUUCAACGGGGAGACGGGUGUAGGAUACAAGGACGGGGAGAGAAGGUUGGACAACGACGGAGACAGAGAGGAGGCGGUGGACUCUGAUGAUGAGGACACCUACUUGGGAACGCUGGAGUUCACGCUGCUCUUUGAUCAGGAGAACAACUGUCUCCAUUGUACCAUUAACAAGGCAAAGGGACUGAAAGCCAUGGACUCCAAUGGACUGGCCGAUCCAUACGUCAAGCUUCAUCUUCUCCCUGGGGCAAGCAAGGCCAACAAGCUCCGCACAAAAACCCUGAAGAAUACGCUUAACCCAGUGUGGAACGAAACCCUGAUGUACCACGGCAUCACCGCAGCCGACAUGACCACCAAAACGCUCAGGCUGUGUGUGUGUGACAUGGACAGACUCGGACGAAAUGAAUUCAUUGGAGAGGUGAGAGUGGCUCUGAAGAAACUAAAAGAGGGCGAGAACAAACGCUAUAAUAUGGGCCUGGAGAGAAUUGCACAGAAUAAAGAUGCCAACAAUCCAACGGUGGAGCAGGGAGCGGUCGUAGCAGAGGAGGAGCGGGGACGCAUCCUGGUGUCACUGUGCUAUAACACAGAGAAGGGCUGCCUGCUGGUAGGAAUCAUACGCUGUGCCCAUCUGGCAGCCAUGGACUCCAACGGCUACUCUGACCCCUUCGUCAAAAUCAUGUUGCAGCCAGAUAUGGGGAAAAAGUCCAAAUACAAGACAACAGUGAAGAAAAAGACUCUCAAUCCAGAAUUUAAUGAGGAGUUUUCAUAUGAAGUUACCUUGGACCAGCUGGCAAAGAAAACCCUGGAGAUCUCUGUGUGGGACUACGACCUCGGAAUGAGCAACGACUUCAUAGGUGGAGUGGAGCUGGGCAUCAAUGCAAGCGGACAGAGACUCAGACACUGGUUUGACUGUCUCAAGAAUAAAGGGAAGAAAGUGGAGUACUGGCAUACGCUCACACAGCAAGGAGCCCCGAGCGGUGACAAACCCGACUAGAUUACACAAGACAUUCAUGCAUACAAACGCACGCACACACACACACACACACACACACAAAGACACACACAUUUGUCUCCCAGGACGAUGGAUGAUAACAGAGACUAAGUAAAGCAGUAAUAAGAGAAAAACAUGCAAUAAUAAUAAUGUUGAAAAUUAUCAUAUAACUCCAAUCAUUACUGCACCCACUAUUAGUAUAAUAUGAUAUUCAUACUAAUAUUAUUGAUAGUAAUAAGGUGUAAUCUGAUCACUUUUUUAAAAAGUUGAACCAAAAUGUGACGAUGUCCUCAUUGAAGUGACGUAACAAAACAAUUCUCACAAAAUUGUUCUCAAGACCUCACUGUAUUGUGGAAGUCGCUCGUAUUCUGUCAUUCAAAUUUACACCUAUGAAGAGAUUUGAGAUGAAUGUACUCAAAAUGAAUUCAGUAAAAGGCACUCAAAGUAUGUGCAAACUGGAGUAUCAUAAUGUGAUGUACUGUAUAGUUGCAGUAGAGGGAAUGUUAUGAAAGAGAUAUUCUAUAUUGAGAAGUUUUGACUUUAGUGGUUGUUGAUCUGAUGCAAAACAACACACCGUAUUACAAAGCACAAAAGGAUCCAUUUGGUGGAUUUGAACCUUUACCGUUUGUUUCAAUGUUCUUGUUCUUCUGUCUUUCAUUGUCUUUAAGUGACAGUGGCUUUCUCUCCACUCUCAUUUCGGACAUUUAUGUAUCAAUAUAUGUGUGUGACUGUAUGUGUGUGAAUGUGUGUGUGUGUGUGGGUGUGCAUGAGGGCUUUAAAAAUAUAAGUGCAUACAUUUUUUAUCUGUACUGUGUGUUUUUGUGUGAAUGUGUAUAUGUGUUCGUGUCAUGACUCAUUCAAAAUGUCUGAAUGCAACUUCAGAGCCACAGAGAUGUUAAUAAGAAAUAAUAAAAGCAAUGGGGGACUCUGGCAGCUCGAGGGGUCAAGGGUGAAAAAAAAACCAUAGGGACCAUAAGGACAGCAGCAUGCAGAAAGUUUUCAAGCAUGUUGGGCGACCUAUAUGACGCUGCAACAUGUCUUCUAAAUUUUAAGGACACCUUAAAGGGCGCUUCAACAUGUUUUCCCCACUGGAAGGGCACCAUAAAGGGCACCUUAUCAUAUUUUAUCUACCCUAGGGGUUUUUAAAGGGUACUUUUGCAUGGUUUUCCUUUCAUUUCAUGUUUUGGACAGGGGUCUCCAAGUGAAUAAAGGACAUGAAAGCUACAUUCAAGAGCGUUCCCCACCACAUCCCUCAGUGGUGUGAGUGCUCCUGGCUCGGGAAAAGUGCCGUCUCUCUUUUCCCAUUGCCGGAGAGUCGUGGAUCAACUUUAAGAAAAGAAUUUGUCUUGAUGCGUUACCUCUGGCUGAACAGAUAUUGCUCUCUUUGGAGGCGCUUUUUGCACCUUGGCUUCACUGCAGCUUUAUGAACUUAAUUUCAACAGGAUCGAGGAAGGUUUUCCUCAGUUUCUCCAGUUCAGUCCAUUCGGGGUGCCAUCUCACCGCCACAAGUUGCCGAUAUACUUUGAGUGCAUUCAGCAUCUUUGUCUCUCUCUCUCUCUCUCUGUCACACUCUGUCUCUAACACACACAUUAUGCUACUGUUGUUCAAACCAAGAAAUAUGUAAACAUGGUGACUGCACUUGAACCCGGCCAUGGCCAUUUUCUAAUGGUAGUUGGCCUCGUUGCGACGUGGCUUCUUUUUCUAGUUGUUUUCUUCAUCUACUACCUCCAGCGGUCUUACUUAAACCAUCAGCAAUAUCUCAUGCUGGCUGAAAUGUAUUUCAAUGUAGGAUAUCACAAUCUAAUGCAGAUGUUUUAGUACAGGCCGAUACUCAAAUAGAUCAUUUAUUUUGAAUCUCAUUAACAGAUUUCAUUAACCAAUACACGUAAUAAAGAAGCAAUAGCAAUAAGAAGUGAAUCCAAAUGGAAAGAAUAAAUGCUAUAAAUGCGAACCAAAAAGGUAUAGGCUGACACCUUAUCACCGACUCUCAUCUUUUGGUUUAUAAAUCUACUCAACGUCUAGGUUUUACUUCAAGCACGGUCAGGGAUGAUGCAACAUUUUCUCCCUGCAGCACUAAUGUAUGCAUUUGAAAAUGCCGGUAUCUGAUUGGUCCUGUAAUCUAAUUUAUGAGAAUAGGGCUGUCUCGAACCCUUAAGACAACAAUCUCAGAAGUUAUGCAAGGAAUGUGGCUGGAGUCUACGUCCACCAUUAGAGGGAAUCGUUGCUUUAUUCAAUGUUGCAUUCAUCCAAUUACUUCAGACCCAUUAGAUAUUGGGGCUACAGUGGCAUGUAUUUCAUCCAAUGGACAAGAGACACUGGGACUACCGUGUCCACGUCUUUGACAGAGGAUCACCUGCUGUUAGUAGAAUUGUCCUACAUUUUAACCCCAGGAGGUCAAAUGGAAGUUCACCCUGCAUGCGUGGUAGCCCGGGACAGUGUCUUGUUAUGCGUCUCAAAACACAUCUCACACAACAUCAGUGGUACAUAGCGGCUAGACUACCACUGAAUUGUGUAAAUGUCUGACAGGAUAUCAAAUGUACUCUCCCCUGUUCCUCUUUCUCUGCAGCUCCUGCUGUACACUAGUUCACAUUAGCACCCCCACAGUCGGCCACUGGCCUGCAGGAGUUUUUCUAACUGUUUAAUCGAUCCGGCUGCUCAUAUUCUUGGUGUCCUUCAACAACCUUGUGAAUGUCUCAUCGUUGACUGCAAAAAAAAAAAAAUGGAUCCUUCAGUGGUGAAUUAGGUUUAGAGUAAACAAGGGCUUGGCCAUAAUCGAAGCUUUGAACUACACCUUGUGGUGUAACAGAAGGAUAAACAUAUUUUCUGUUCGCUCUUUAAUGACUAAUGGCGGGAUUUAUUCAGUACUUUCUCUAUGCACAUCAAAACUCCCAGCGCGUUGGCAGUGAGAUAAUAAAACCAAAACAACAUUAUUAUGUUAUCAAGGCAUCAAAGAUGCAUUUCUGGGAAUACUCAGUACUUUGAUUGGGUCUAGGCUGGGUGACAGCGAUCUAAUAGAGGUCACAUUUCAGGCUGGUUGCUUAUUCCUGUCUCUGGAUCUGCUGGUUUUGUUUACAGUCACCGAAUUUAAUGACUCUUGUCUAUUGACCCCGCUUUGCUUAUGUAAUCAUUUUACCUGCAAUACAGCUGCAUGUUUAGCAAUCACUAUCAGCAUGUAUACUAGAGUGCAACCAUGGCUGAUCAUUCGGAAUGCUGAUGUGUUUACAGUCUAUGCCAUCAGUGUGUUUUGGGUUUUAUUUGUGAAUACAAUGAUUCAGGGUAUUUUUUGCUCAGUUGCCGUUCUUUACCAAGCAAGCUAUUGCUUUAAGAAACAAAACCUUUACUAACACAGAUUUUGACACUUCGUCUUCCUUAAAUUGAUUACAGCUGUAAUGAUACAGGGGGGCAUGGCCAAUUGAGAUGGGGAAUUCACUACUGCAGUCCCUGUGUAUUCACUGUCAAUGUCAAUCACACAGUAUGGCUGCCAUCCUGUGGUGGGUUUGUGUAACUACUUCACCAAAUAAAUUGAAGUUGUUUCA